AUGACCUCUCAAACCUCCAUGGGUACUUCUUAUCUCAUAGUGGGAUCAGGAGUCUUUGGUACAUCAACCGCUUACCAUAUCUCACUUACACAUCCCAAUUCAUCAAUAACCCUUUUGGAUCGUUCAUCCUCCUUUCCAUGUUCGCUUGCUGCUUCUCAUGAUUGCAACAAGAUUGUUCGUGCUGAUUAUGAAGAUAUAUUCUAUUGCGAGUUAGCCCUCAAAGCCCGUGAAAUGUGGAAGAAUGAUCCAUUAUAUAAGCCAUACUAUCAUGAGUCUGGCUUUGUUAUCGUUGAUGAUACUGGUCUUGGACGCAGAGUCAUUGAUAAUUAUGAAAAAUUGGGAAUUCUCGACCAUCAAGCUAGGAUUGCUGGACCGGAUGAAAUGAAAACUUUGUAUGGAGGAUUAUUCAAAGGAACCGAUUGGAGAGGCGUGAAAGAAGUCUUCGUCAAUGAAGGUAGUGGAUGGGCUGAGGCUACAAAAGCAGUUCGCAAGGUGACCGAAAUGGCAAUGGCGAAUGGUGUGAAGUUUAUCGAAGGAGACGUGGAAAAUCUUAUUUUGACAAUAGAUGGAACAUGUCUUGGCGUAAUGACGAAGGAUGGUAGGACCUUUCGCGCAGACAAGAUCAUAUUGUCAACUGGAGCAGGUACAGCGAAGUUGCUCGCAGAUUCCGCACCGCAGAUGCACCACAUCCUGGCUGAGGAUCGAAUUACUGCAGCUGCAAUUGUGUCUGGCCAUGUCCAUUUGAGUGAGACCGAGUACGAUGGGAUCAGAAAUACUCCAGUGUUCGAUCAUGCAGUUGGAAAUGUCUUAGGUGCCGUACUUCCUCCUACGAAUGGGAUUCUCAAAUUCUAUCUGGAUGUCACUCUCAAACAUACAACACUCCAUGAACGCUCAGGGCAUAUGAUAUCAGCCCCGCCUGACGAAGCUGAUCAAGCGCAACGUAACGUUCCCAAAAAGCUUCAGGAGUGCUACCGAGUAAUGAGAGGGAUUUACAGUGAAUUGGCUGAAAAUAUGAAAUUCGAUUCUUUUCGCAUGUGCUGGGAUGGAAUUACCCCUGAUCAAGAUUUUAUAAUCUCGGCACACCCACGAUGUCAGAAUCUGCAUAUUGCUACAGGCGGUUCUUUUCAUGGGUGGAAAUUCCUACCAAUUAUUGGAGAUUAUGUUGUGCAGAUGCUUGACAACAAAUUGGAUGCUAAUCUUCUCAAACGAUGGGCAUGGGAUCGUGAUCAAAAGGGAAGUGUACAUAAGAAUUUUGUUCCCAAAAGAGAACUGAGGGAUUUGAUAUGA